UAAUUUGGUAUUUGCAUUCAGUUUCUGCAAAUUGGUUUUGUGUUUUGGAGUAAUCGUUUAAUUUUGAGAAGAUAUUUGUUUAGUUUCUGCAAUCUCUGUUCAGUUUCUGCAAUUUGGUAUUUUGUUUUCCGCUGCUUUUGCAUUCUGGUUCUCUGUGAUUGUUAAUUAUGGCUACUGAAAGAGAUGAUUCGCUUCAGUCUGUGAGUGUGAGGUUGGAUGGGAAGAACUAUUCGUAUUGGAGCUAUGUAAUGCGAAAUUUUCUUAAGGGUAAGAAGAUGUGGGGGUAUGUUAGUGGAACUUAUAUAAUACCUAAGAAUAUUGAGGAGGGGGAUGUUGUUUUGAUAGAUACAUGGGAAGCAAAUAAUGCAAAGAUCAUUACUUGGAUCAACAAUUCUGUUGAGCAUUCGAUAGGUACGCAGUUGGCGAAGUAUGAGACAACAAAAGAGGUUUGGGAUCAUCUGCAAAGGUUAUUCACGCAAUCAAAUUUUGCAAAACAGUACCAAUUAGAGAAUGACAUACGAGCUCUUCAUCAGAAGAAUAUGAGUAUUCAAGAGUUUUAUUCUGCUAUGACAGAUCUUUGGGAUCAAUUGGCUCUUACAGAAUCAGCAGAAUUAAAGGCAUGUGGUGCCUAUAUUGAGCGUAGAGAGCAGCAACGAUUGGUACAGUUUUUAACAGUGCUUCGCAGUGACUUCGAAGGACUUAGAGGUUCAAUUCUGCAUUGUACUCCACUGCCUUCUGUUGACUCUGUUGUCAGUGAGUUAUUGGCUGAAGAAAUACGUCUUCAGUCUUAUUCUGAAAAGGGAAUUCUUUCUGCUUCAAAUCCUUCUGUACUAGCAGUACCUUCUAAGCCAUUCUCUAAUCAUCAGAACAAGCCUUACACAAGGGUUGGCUUUGAUGAGUGCAGUUUCUGUAAGAAGAAAGGUCAUUGGAAGGCUCAGUGUCCUAAGUUGAGACAGCAGAAUCAAGCUUGGAAGUCUAGCAGUCAGUCACAAUCUAAUGCUCAUCGACCACCUCAGGGUUAUAAACCACCACACCACAAUACUGCAGCAUUAGCUUCCCCAGGCUCUAUUACCGAUCCUAAUACUUUGGCUGAGCAAUUUCAGAAGUUUCUCUCCUUGCAGCCACAAGCAAUGUCCGCUUCUUCCAUAGGUCAGUUGCCUCAUAAUUCCUCAGGAUCUGCAGUCUCAGAAGCUGAUUGGGACAGGCCGUAGGGAGAAUGGACUAUAUAUUUUGGAUGAGUUAAAAGUGCCAGUUGCUGCUGCUACCGCUGCUGCUGCUACUGCUGAUUUGUCUUCUUUUCGUUUGAGUCUUUCAUCUUCUAGUUUUUAUUUAUGGCAUUCCCGUCUAGGUCAUGUUUCAUCUUCUCGUUUGAGAUUUUUGGCAUCCACAGGAGCUUUAGGAAAUUUGAAAACUUGUGACAUUUCUGAUUGUAGUGGAUGUAAAUUGGCAAAAUUUUCUGCUUUACCUUUUAAUCGAAGUAUUUCUGUUUCAUCUUCA